ACGAGCCGCCAUUCAGCCAGCCCGGGCACCAGUGCAAGCGCUGCGCCGCGGCCCACUGCUACAGCUGCAAUGGGCAGGGCUGCCUGGUGUGCGAGUGGCCGAACUGGCUGCCGGAGUACAGCGGGCCCGGGGGCCAGGUGGCCUGCCGGCAGGAUGCCUGCUCGCCGGGGUUCCACCUGGUGGCCGGGGUGUGCCAGGCCCAGGAGCUGGCCCUGGCGCGGAUGGUCCUCGGCCAGCCGGAGGCGGAGCCGCUGCCCGGGCUGGACCCGGGGGUGCCGGUGACCGCGCUGACGGCCACGCGGCUGACCGUGGACCCGGGGUCCGGCCGGCCGGUGGUGCCGGCGGUCCAUGAUGACCCCGGGGCCGAGCCGGGGAUGGUGCUCCUGCUGCAGGCCGGCCCCCGGGCCCGGGCGUGGCUCAUGCCGAAUGGGGCCAUCGGCCAGCCGGGCAAGGGCCCAUUGCAGCCGGUGGCCCUGCUGAGCGGCCCGCUGCCGGCCGAUGCGGUGGCCGUGGCCGAGGUCGGGCCCUUCCUGGCGGAUGGCGGCCAGCUGCUGCUGGGGCUGGUGCUGUGCGACCGCCAGGGGGCCGUGCAUGGGGCGUGGCUGGGGUGCGCGUCCGGGCGGGCGGACGGGUCGGCCGCGUGCGUGGCCGCCGGCGGCCCGGCCGUCCUGACGCCCCUGCUGCAGGGCACCGGCUGCGUGGAGCUCCGGGUCCAGGCGACCACCGGCCGGCAUGUGGUCAUGCUGUCGGCCCGGGCCCAGGGGGCGGCCCUGCUGGAGGCCGAUCCGGCCGGCCGCCGGUGGCUGGCCACCCCGGUGCCGAUGGACGGCAUGGUGGUGCUGCCGGGGCCCGGGGGGCCGGCCGGGCGCGUGGCCGACCCGGCCGUCGGCGACUGGCUGGUGACCACCCAUGUGGAGCUCCUGCCCUCGGCCGUGCCCACGCGCCUGCCGGUGUGGGACUCCCGGUGGAGCGCCCUGGUGGGGAACUUCCUGUACAACAUCGACACCUGGCCGGAUGUCCUGACGCCGGUGGUGCUGCCGGCCGGCGGGGGCUUCCCGCUGGAGCUGGUGCUGGUGUCGACCAAGGGCAAUGGCUGGCGGGCGAUCCGCGUGCCGGGGGAGAUGCAGCCGACCGGCUCGGCCGCGCACCUGCUGACCAGCAUGCAGGUCCUGCUGGAGAGCCUGCCGGGGCCGCUGGGCCCGGGCGGCCUGGCCGGCAGCCCGGGUGCCCGGUUCCAGGGCCUGCGCAUCCCCGGGUCGGCCACAUACCCGAGCGCGCUGCUGCUGCAGGCGCACACCAUGCUGGGGGUGGCGCUGCUCCGGUGCCCGGGCGACCGGGUCCUGUGCAGCUUCCUGCCGGCCGUGGUGCUGGAGCUGGCGCCGGGGUUCCGGCUGCCGGCCGACGGCAUGGGGCUCUGGCAGCCGGUGAUCGCGCGGGCCGGCGGCCCGGCCCCCGGGCCCGGGCCCGCCGGCGCCGUGCCGGUCCUCUCGCUGCUGGCCUUCUCCGAGGCCACCGGGCCGGUGCAUGUGCGCCUGGGGGCCGACUGCCCGGCCGGCACCUUCGGGCCGGCCUGCGAGGCAUGCCACCCGGCCUGCGAGCUGGCGUGCACCGGCCCCGGGCCCGGGGCGUGCGUCUGCGCCUUCUGGCUGCCGGAGGACCCGGCCGGGUGUCUGGCGGCCUGCCCGGCCGGGACCUACAGCGACUGGGGCGCCUGCCGGGGGUGCCAUGCGUCGUGCGCCGAGUGCACCGGGCCCGAGGCCGGGGCGUGUGCCGCAUGCGCCCCGGGGCUCGUGCUGGAGGAUGGCCGCUGUGUGGCGGCCUGCGGGGCGGGGGAGUAUGCGUGCGCCUCGGCGUGCCUGCCCUGCCCGGGGGGCUGCGCCCGGUGCGAGCAGGCCAGCGGCAGCGGCCCGGGCUGCGAGGCCGUGUGCACCGGCUGCGAGCCGGGCUCGGUCCUGGUGGGUGGGGAGUGUGUGGCGGAGGCCUGCCCGGUGGGGGAGUUCCUGUCGCCGGAGUCCGGGGCGUGUGCCCGGUGCCACUGCACCUGCCGGGGGUGUGCCGGCGGGGCCGGGCUCGACCGGUGCACCUCCUGCCCGAGGGGCUUCCGCCUGUCGGAGGAGGGCCGGUGCCGGGUGUCCUGCCUGCCGGGGGGCCUGUGCCCCGGGCGCCUGGCCGAGGCGCUGCUGGUGCAUCUGCUCUGCUGGGCUCGCGCGAAGGGGGGCGCCGGCCACUGA